AUAAGCUUCAUCAUCACUUGCUGUCCGCUGUCAGUGUUUUGCGGUUGACUUUCCUUCUCAUUCUCUCUCUUUUCUCUUUCCCUUGACUAUUAUGUCUACAAAUGCUGCUUCACAGAAUGAGCCCUCAAUUCUUUUAAGUAACGAGGAGAAUCAGCUCAUUUUUACUAUUGUGGGGUCAAGGAAAGUGACAAGAGCUACUGCUGUGGUUCAGAUGUAUCAUGCUCAUCCAAAUCCAAACAAGUGGGAGAAGUUCAGUACAGGUGUUGCUUGCUUUGUGAAAGACAAUUCUCAGAGAUCGUAUUUCAUCCGGCUCAUUGAUCUAAAGAGGCGUGCUGUAGUUUUUGAGCAAGAGCUGUAUGAUGAGUUUCGCUAUUCAAAAGAUCGUCCUUACUUUCACUCAUUCCCUGGACAUGAGUUCAUGGUUGGUCUCAACUUUGCCAGUGAAGAAGAAGCCGAGAAAUUUCGUGCUGCUGUUGAAAGCAAAAUCACUUAUGCACGUAGAGCAACCAUGAAGAGGAAGCCUCCUUCUGAGCCUAAGAAACCAGUCAAUACAGUUGCUCCUGGUCCUGUGGCUAAUAAGGAUCCAUACAGUCUUGGGGUUGAUGGCUCUGAUAAAGGGAAACUAAAUAAACCAAAAGGAGGAAAGAAAUUGACUAAAGCAGACAUUGGGUUACCCACUGAAUUCAGGCAUUUGGCUCAUGUUGGUUGGGAUCCACAAACUGGUGCUUUCAAUAGCAGUAACAUUAAACCUGAAUGGAAGAACCUCCUUGACUCCGUUGGUGUGACAGAAGAGCAGCUAAAGGACAAAGAGACUGCUGACUUCAUUUAUGAUUUUGUUGAGAAGCAUGGCGGCAUUGAGAAAGCAACUCGCCAACUUGAGGCAUCAAAGACUGCCAAGGCACCUAACCCUCCGUCUCACCGAGGCCAUGCCCCACCCCCUCCUCCGCCUUCUCGUGGAAACCGUGGACCACCUCCCCCUCCCCCAAGAGGAGCUGCUCCUCCUCCCCCUCCUCCUCCUCCUAGCGGUGGAGCUCCCCCUCCUCCCCCACCACCACCUCCACCUCCUGCAGUUGGUGCUCCUCCUCCUCCCCCUCCUCCUGCAAGUGGGCGGGGUGGACCACCCCCUCCUCCUCCAUCAUCUAAACCAUCAGCCUCAUCAAACCUCCCAGUGAUUGAUGAUGCACGUGGUAACCUCCUCUCCAGUAUUAGGGCUGGGAUAACACUGAGAUCUGUUGCUCAUACAGAGCCUGAAGAGAGUAAGUCACCAGAUGAAGAGGUUGGUGGUAUGGCUGGAGCCUUAGCUAGGGCACUGGAAAUGAGGAGCAAUGCCAUUCAUGGGGACAGUGAUAACAGCGAUGGAGAGUUUGAGGAUGAUGAUGAAGAGGACUGGGACUGAUGAGGUGUAUGGAUCCAGCUAUGUAGCUGCUGAUUGUGUUGCUUUAUAACUUUAUAAUUUAUUAUUAGCUGUGUGGUUUAUUAGUAGACUAAUACUAGAGUCUGAGAUGAGAUUUAUUAACAAUAAUUUUUCAUCAUGCAGGAAAUUAAAUAAAAAAUAGUCUUGAUAAUAAAUUGUUUUC